AAAGCAAAACACACAGGCCUGUCUGCAGCUCCUGGUCAUACCUCGGAUAUAUCCUCUAGAUCUCAGGGGAUCUGCGCCUGCUGGGGCCUUCUUGGGAUCUAUCAUUUGAAUUAUCUGCACAUUUUACCCAGCACUUCUUAUAAAAAAAAACUGGAAAAAAACUUUGCAACCAGUCAGGAACUAAAACUGCCCAUUUUUAAUGUUUAUUAAACCUUGCACCUCCAUGUGUGCCUAAUAAUUUUAUAUCUUUUAUAUUUUAUUUCACCCUCCACUUCCUUUUUACUGUCAUCAUUUGUGAGAUCUUUUUUUUUUUUAAUUUCUCAAUUGUUCCCCAGUCUAUUUUCUCUAACAAAUAAUAACUAUCAUCACAAAAUAUAGAUUUGUAUAUGUAAAAAAAAUGGAGUUCUCAGAAAGGAAAAGAAGCAGAAAAUCUCAGAGCUUUAAGCUGGUGAACCAAGAAUAUCAUGAAAUUUUUAAAGCCUCAGGGUACAGCAGUGAUGUCAACGGGGAGUCUAAAGAUUUGGAGCAGUUGUCAGGUGAUGAAAGUUUUGAAAUAAAAAAGCAGAUAACUGGCAUGAGAAGACUUCUCAAUGACAGCACUGGGCGGAUAUAUCAGCGGGUUGGCAAAGAGGGAGAGAAGCUCAAGCAGGAGCCUCAUGACAAGGACCUGGGCUGGGCGGAUAGUCUGAGUGCCCCUUGUGAGGCAGAGGAGCCUAUACAUCAUUCCCAGAGCCCCUGGAAUGAAGUGCCAAUACAACCCCCAGAGUUCACAGGACAAUAUGGAACCCGGUCUAAAACUGUGCAGAAUAAUGUGAAAAAUACAACUGGAGGAUCUAAUGGUGAGCUGCGAAUAGGAAAUACCAAGUGCUGUACGUGCACUUGCCAGCCCAUGCUGCAGGCCAUCCUCCAGGAGCUCAGAGCAAUGAGGAAGUUCAUGCAAAUACAAGCAGCAGCCCAGAACCGACUGCAAGUUCCUCAAUCUUGUAUUUGCUCCCAAAAGUCUGUCAUGACAAGGAAAAGAAUAAAAAAGAAAAAAGUUCUUCCAAAGUCCAUGCUAUCCUCAAACAGAGCACUGAAUGUGAGUGUGAACAAACAGAAGGACACAGAGCUUCAAGAAAAGUCCAGCCUAACACAAACAGAGCAGCUCACAAAAAUAGAGGAGCACACGCAAGGAUUUGGUAUUGUGCACAAUUCAUCAUCCUCUGAUCCAGAAAUACAACUAGCAGAAGGAUUUGAUGUAUUCAUGCCAAAAUCUCAGCUGGACUCCAUACUAUCAAACUAUACACGGUCAGGGAGUCUGCUCUUCAGGAAACUAGUAUGUGCAUUUUUUGACGACAAAACAUUAGCGAAUUCCCUGCCCAAUGGAAAACGAAAAAGGGGACUCAACGACAACCGCAAAGGGUUGGACCAAAAUAUUGUGGGAGCAAUAAAAGUUUUUACAGAAAAGUAUUGCACUGCUAACAAUGUGGAUAAAGCUCCAGGUCCACGAGGCUGGGUACAGAUUCUUCAGGAUCAAAUAAAGCUGGCCAGGAGGAGAGUAAAAAGAGGCUGUGAUUCAGAAUUUACAGGUUUUGAUGAGAAAACAGAUGCCAUAUCUUUACCGCAGACAGGUAGUCUAUUUCACACCACAGAUGAUGAUGUAUGGCUAAAUUCCAAGCCAGGAUUUUAAGAUCCAGCACCAAAACCUGGAAAACAUAUGGACAAAAUGCACUAACCAGAGUUUGUUUUCCUACAAUUCCAGUCAUUUUUUGCAGAGUUUAUUUUUUAUUAACUAUAAUAAAAGAAAACAAACUGGGUUACCCACCUCACUACCUAAUGGUUUUACACUUAGAUGUCCUUCAGAUCCAAACGUUUCCACUUUAUUUUAUCUUUUUAUCUAAAAUCAUAACAUGGAUAAUUGUAAGCAACUGCUGUAAAGUAUUGGUGAAGACACAAGAUAACAGACUUUUAAUCAUAUGUUUGUUUGUUUUUAAUUAUUGACUUGAUUCAGCAUUCUUUAGGGAAGCCUGAGAGGUGUAGUGACAUAAUUAUGUGACGUAGUCUUUGUAUGACAUUUUUAUUUGUUUGACACUGCAUAUGUCCCUUUAAUUGUUUUUGUGUCAUAAUUUCAUUGGUUACCAGAAAGGGUGGCAAAAUAUUGCUAUUGAAUGAAUGUUUGCGCUCUAUGGUAACUGAGAGUAUCCCAGAAUUCAGAUAUUGAUUCAGCACCUUAUAUGAGACAUGUUUGAAAAUAGAAGUGAUUUAAUUUGUAAAAGCACAUUCCUCUUACUAAACUACAUGUUAUGUUCCAUAGUGUUAUUAUUGAUAAAGCUUGUGAAUUUAAAAAAAACCUCAUUCUGGCACUGAAUUUAUGUAAAGAACAUUUAUGAUUUAAUGAUGGAAUUUUGCUUAUGAUGGAAAUAUGUAUAAAAAAGGAUAUAUUAGCAAAAAAUGUAUGUUUGCAUCACAAUAAAUCCUUUAGGGCUAGA